AUGGGCCGCCUCUUCCUGCUGAAUCUGUCCAAUAACCGUCUCAACGGCAGCCUGCCAGCGGCCUGGUCCCGCCAGCUCACCCUGGUCAGGCUGGCUCUGGCACGCAACGCGCUGAGCGGCAACUUGCCAAGAGAGUGGGGAGCGCUGCGCAGCUUGCUGCAGCUGGACCUCGGCAGUAAUGCGCUGACUGGUGGGCUGCCACCCGACUGGGGCGCACUGCAGCAGGUCACCUCUCUGGACCUUUCCGGAAAUAAGCUUGGCGGUGGGCUGCCCCCUGCCUGGGCUCGCCUGGGAAGCUUGCAGGUCCUCUCGCUUCAGGGCAACCAGCUGACAGGGGCGGUACCACCAGGGUGGAAGGCACUGGCCGAUCGCUCCUUCCGCAUCGCUCUGGGCGACAACUCACAGAUGUGCGGCUCGGUGCCACCGAUGCUGGCCCAGGCCGUCCUGGCAGCGGGGUCCAGCAGAAAGGGCUCGGGCCUGGCCAGCCCCUGCAGCUGGGAAGGCGAUGCCACUGCGCUGCUAGCCUUCAAGAAAGGAGUGUCGGCGCAGCAGCCGCAGGGCGCCCUGAUCGACUGGCUGCCGGAGGCCAACCCCUGCUCAGCAGGCGAGUGGUCGGGGGUUGGCUGCCGCGAUGGGAGGGUCGUCAUUCUCAACCUGACCAAUGCGGGCCUCAAGAUUUCCACGCUGGAGCCGCUGAGCACCCUGGCUGCACUAGAGAAGGUGCUGCUGGCAGGGAACAACGCAGCAAACGUCAGCCUGCCAGCCUCCUGGGCUCGCCUGGGGCACCUGGCAGUGGCAGACCUGUCUAGCACCGGGGUGGCAGGCAGUCUGCCGCCCAUCUGGUCUCAGAUGCACAGCCUCAAGCAACUGCUCCUAAGCGGCAAUAGCCUGAACGGCACGUUGCCUGCUAGCUGGGCAGCGCUGCAUGACCUCGAAACGCUCAACCUGGCCCGGAAUGCGUUAAGCGGCAGCAUGCCCCCAGAGUGGGCUGCGCUAUCUUCGCUGGCCACGCUGGAUGCCUCCAGCAACUACUUAUCGGGCGCUCUUCCUGACACCUGGAAGGAUUUGGUCAGCCUGGAGGAGCUGCAGCUGGCCAGUAACAACUUGGCGGGCGCCAUUCCUGCUUCCUGGGCCCGGCUACCCUCGCUGACAGCGCUCAACCUGGGCAGCAACAUGGGGGUAUGUGGCGGGGAGCCAGAGUGGCGAGCAGGCACAAGGGUGCAUACCGAGGCCACCAACAUUGAUCAGAGCUGCAUCAUGGUCAGCACGAGUGGCACGAUGGCUGGUGUGGUGCUGGGCGUGUCAUUAACCCUCACCCUGGCUAGCCUGGCGGCCGUGGGGGCCAUGCUGGUGUACGUGCGGAGCCAGCGGAGGCAGCUGCAGCUGCUGCAGCGUGAGCGCAGCUCGGCAAGCUUCUCCUCCCUGCAUGGCGGAGCAGGGGUUGGCAGUGUCAAGCUGGCCUCGCUACAGACAUUCUCUCUGGCGGCAAAGGAGCCGCAUAAGACGCAUGCUGCGGAGCAGCAUGGCAAAGCAGCCAUGCUUUCAAUUCCCAACCCCUGGGAUGACGAGCAUGCUGGGUACAUCCAGGUGCCCCUGGCCACGCCGCACAGCGGCAUGCCAUCUGGCCUACCUUCUGUCAUGGUGUCGCCCACCCCUCCCUCCGCCCCCACCCAGGAGCAGGAGCACUGCUCACCAUCGCCAGGGUCUGGCAUGCCCUCACCAGAGCGCCGCAUGUGGCAGGUGGCAGCACACGCAGUUGAUCGGGGAGUGGACCUCACAGCUCGACGCGCUCGGCAGAAACGCCUCUUCCGCUCCCGCUCGGAGGCGCCCAACACGUUGACAGAUGCCGCCAGUCUUGCUGGGUCGCAGCAGGGCCAGCAGCAACAGCAUGGUGGGGGUCGGGUGGCACCUGGCUGGAGCCAGGACGACGGAGACCUGGACAUGCUGCGGGUGCACAGCCGCCUGGCAUUGCUGCCCUCCAACGGCAGCAUGGUGUGA